GAACUCCAUAACCUAUUCAGCGCCCCUCAUUUUCUUGUCAAGUUUUCAAUUUCUCAAGACUGCAGUAAUGUCGUCAAAUGCGCCUGCAAACCUCCGCAGAGUCGUCGUCGAGGGUCUGCAAAAGAUCAAGGAUGUCGAGCAAGAUGAAUGGGCUGUCACUAUAGACCAAGACUCCGGGUUGUACACCGUCUCUAUGACAUUGGAUGAAGACGAGCUGAUGUGGCUCGGACUUUGGGACAAAUUUGAAGAGUUCGGCUUCGCGACACCUAACGUGAUGAUGAAUGGCGGUACCAAGUAUCAAAAAUCGACACCGGAAUUUCUAGUGAAGGAGCACAACGAAGUCCUUGUGGUAGCAGACGAUCAAGCUUCGACUCCCACCACGAUAAAGAUCAAUGAAACCCUGAUAUCACACGCAAACUCACACCAUGUUCCACCCCUCGAAUUCAGAAUCGAUGAACUGAGUAUUUCCCGGCGUGUAUUACGAGACAACCGUGGAUUUUGCGUAACAUUUGAACGAACUGUACGCAUGCCUGACGAUAACAAACUACACCACCUCCCCUCUUCAUUAGGGCGGUAUGAGCUCUUCAGUGUAGACGCUUACUCAAAGCGUCUACCGCAAAACGUCAGAGAAGCAGGUGGUGUCUUCUUUUCAAUGUGGCAGAGAGAAGCCAUGUGGCUCAACUUCCAGCAAGGCUCUCACAAAUACGCAGUACGGGUCUUCGUCGGCCAUGUAAAUGCCAUAACUGGGAAAGAGAUGCACAGGGGACCAAAUGAGAAAGAUGAGAGCAAGUUGCAGGACUAUGUCGUCAUACCUGGACAACAAUGGCUGGAUGGUAUUUGUGUAGCUCCGGGUAUUGUUCGUCAGUUCGUUGCCAUGCCAUUGGGUUCUGGGUACACUGUUGAAGGCCAGAAAACUUCCGAAGAAAAGCAUGGAGGACUGCAGCUCGAAGUCACGCCUGAAAUGAUACAAGGUGAACGAUUGUGGUCAUACGCAAAACGACAUUACAUCACAUUCAGAGGUGGUUACAACUACGGUAGCGAUGGGCUAAAAGAGUCCUACACCCCUCGUGAACUUGGUUGCAAAAUCGGGGACGUCCUGAGAUCAUAUCCGAGUGAUAAAACCUACCGAACGCCUUUCCGAAUUCGAGAUUUGAUAACGUCAGAGGUGGAAGAAACGAGCGAGAACAAGUUUCUCCAAAAUACCGAUCCAUCUUCGGCGGCUCUUGUUAAACUCAAAGCUGAUGGCCGUUUCAUGUCUAUACCUACCCCCAUGCCAAUGUUGACGCGCCCUUCAGUCUCAUUCCAAGCAUUUAAAUCAGGGCCAUAUCAGGGAUUGGGUGCUCCGCCCACGCACAGUUACCCAGAGCCCCCCUCGAGGUUAUCGCCCCAAAUCGACUUGCAAGUACCCAUGCGAGCAAGCCCUUCUGCAAGGCACAUAAGGGAUAGUAUAAGAUCUGAUUUUCAGUCCCUCGGAGAUGUAGACAAAGGCAUCACAAUGCAUGCUAAGACAGAGAGCGAAGGCAGAAAAGGUUUGAUGGAGCUUACCGAAACCCAAGUCAAAAACAUCAAGACCAUGGGCUUAGCCGCUGGAGGAAAGUUAAUCCAAGAUAUAUACAAAGACACAAAUCCCGCCACAACAUGGAACCACGCCGCAGCACGCAUCAUCCACGUGCACAUGCUUGAUCCAGAGAGCUGCGAAAAAGUCACACACAUUGUUCCUCGGCCUCCACCCAUGGACGUGAAGAGGUACGCCAAGACUGGCGGUCAGUUCUGGGUUGUCGAAGAGAAAGUCGAUGAGCGACUUGAUGGCGGAGACUUCAACAACGUCAAGAGUGUCAGCCAGAUGGACAAACACGUGGGUAUAACCACAGAACCUGAAUUCAACCCGGUAAGACCAAAGAUGUGUACAACGUGUGAGAUGCGACUGUGUGAUUGCAUCGUACGCCCCUGCGCCCACCAAUUCUGCAAUACGUGCAUCAAAGCAAUAGAAGAAGGCAGCGCUACCGAAUCUGAUUCCCAACAAGCAGCUCCGUGGAAAUGUCCCACUUGCAGCACCCCCGUCUCCCACGUCGCCGGUUUCUCCGCACCCAUGAACCUACCAGGCGAGGAACCCAUGCCCCGCACAAAGGUCUUUGUGAAUGUCCUCAAGGUCGAAGACGGGAGAGCGAGAUUCACCACCGUGCAGAAGUCCAGGGUCUAAACGUCUAAACCCUUCAUCGUAGUCAAUCUCGGUACCAGGGGUCAAGAGAUGCCGAGCAUGGAGAAGAAGGAGCAGGAAGCAUACCAAUGAGAAAAAUCAGCCGUUUGUCAUAAUUCUAUUUCUUAAUGCAACACUAUAUCGAUCG